AUGAGGGCCUUUAAUCUCGACCCGGAGCAGAACUGGAGUGAAGGCGCGCCGUGCUCCGACGACGGCACGGGCAGCGGCUUUAAGGGCGUGAUCUGCGACCCCAACGGCAACCCUCGUGCCAUGAUACCCACGCUCGGCAACUCCCUGGUGGGCCUCAGAUCCCUCCCCACCGCCUUCGCCCGUCUCACCACACUCACCAGAUUAGUGCUCGUCAUGGGACUCAUUAACACAAGACUAGACGACUUCGCCAGACCCCUCUCCUGUUUGCCUAACCUAAGACAUUUAGUGUUGGAUGGGAACUCCUUCUAUGGACCCGUCCCACCUUACCUCAUUAACUCACCCACUCUAACUGACCUCUCAUUACAGGGCAACAAGCUAACAGGCACAAUAAGGAAAAUCGGACCCAAGCUCACAGCGCUCUUCCUCUCCGUCAACUUCCUCACCGGCCCCCUCCCACCCACCACCCGCCGCCUGCGCGUCUGCAACGCCGCCAUGAACUGCCUCUCGCGCACCUCCGGCUGUAACGGGUCCCGUGGUCUCUCCUCGCUCCGUCCCCCACCGUCUCCUCUCCUCUCCCCCUCUCCUCCCCUCUCCAGCUCUCCUCCCCUUUCCCACUCUCCUUCUCUCUCCCCCUCUCCUCCCACUCCUCUCCUCUCCCCUUCUUUCCCCCUCGCCGGCCUUCACUUGCUAUAA